AUGCAGCUGCUGGUUCGGGACUUGACAGGACAGAUCGUUCUUCAGGUGACUCUCAGAGGACACCUUCCGCUGCACGACCUUUCUCGACAAGUCCGUGAGGCCAAGCCUGAGUGGAUGCACAGUGUCAUCAGCUUCCUGAGCGAUCAAACGAUGCUACAAAACAACUGGGAUUUCCAGAAACUUCUACGCAGCGGGAGCGAUCUUGAACUCACAGCUGUUGCCGAAGAGCAAGGCCUUACCUUCGAGGAGGCGUUCAGCGCUUGCCAAGAGAUUCUACUAGAACCACUACGACAUGCACAUGGUGGCAACGUGAGUCUGGACUGUAGUUUCACACACUUGAGCUUUGAGGAGCAAGAAAAGCUUCAUCGGAAACUGAUGAAGCACUUUGACUGUCGUCUGUCGGUGGCUCUUUUUGAGGACUAUCGCACUGUCCGGGAAAUUUCCGAAUACGUGUACCAGGAAAACGUUAAGACGGUUCGCUUGAGAGCCGAACUCAAGGCCUUAGGUUGA